UUAUCGCCAUCAUCGUCAUUAUCAUCAUCACGUCUGUCGCGAAAAAAAAGACAUACAAUAUUUCCUAGGUUAAAAUAUUAAAAUUAUAGUAUUUCGUACGCUAUUGUUACCGUACUAUUAUUGUUGUUUAUCGUUUUUUAUGUAAUUUAUACAUUCUCCUCUGCCCGCCACCCUGCUAUAUUCAUGCCACCGUCGGUGCUCGGCGAUUCUGCGACCUAGUAAAUCUUACAAAAUUUUCGUCCUCGACGCGAUUGCCGUCGAUCGUUUUAAUCUCCUUACGCGUCGUCUAGCUCGUCUGGUGUGCGUAUGGUUUGAAUGAUUUACCCAGUCAUUCCCGUUCCAUUUGUUUAACGUCGAAAAACCGUUGGUACAAGAACCAGUGCACUUUACACGCGAUUUCCGCCAUUGUUAUCAUUGUUCUUGCUGUAACAGUUCUCGAUCUCGUAGUAACAUGUUCACCCUGGGAUUUUCCAUACCGAGUCAAGUUGCGGCAGCACUUCCACUUAGAGUAACUGUUCAGGGCCAAAAGUCAAAUUUAAAAAAAAAUAAAACUCAUGUUAAAAAAAAAACUGUUGAAGAUAUAUUGCCAGAAUAUACUAAAUCGCUUCUAGAUAAUAUUCCAAUUCAACAAGUGAAUCAAUAUUUAAUGAAUAGACCUUAUUCUGUUCAUUGUAAAGUAAAGCAACAUCAAAAUCUUGUACGUAUGUUACAAAAAUCUGUGAACAAAAAUCUUGGUCUAAAAUGUUACCAUACUGUAGACAAUAAUCACAUUUUAAUUUUAUCAAAUUCACAUGUUUCAUCUGGCAAACACAUUUUACACCAUCCUCGGCCAUUUUUUACAGAUAUUCAAUUUAGAAGUUUUAAGACUGAACGUAUCUCAUCAAAGGAAAAUGAUGAAAAGUUGAUAUCGCGUAUAAAAGAACUUCUUUUAUUUUCUAAAGGAAGUGACUACAAAACUAACGAUAUAUUUUCAGAUAUUGAAUCCAAUAAAUGGGGAGAGUUAUUAAAAAAAGAAAAUUUAAAUAAAGAAGAACUGGACAGAUUAAAAAUAUCUUUUGCUGAAGGAUAUUUAGUAGCACGAGAGCAGAAAGGGAAUACUAAGCCUCAUAAAUGGUGGAAAAUUAUUCAAUCUUCUUUUAUAAUUGGAUUGUCACUUGCUACAUUGGUUUCAUUAUUUGUGCUAUUAACAGGAACUAUGUUUAAAAUUCAACUUACUAAUCAAGUCGAAGUGAACUCUGAAGAAAUUACAGUAACAUUUAAUGAUGUCAAAGGAGUUGAUGAAGCUAAACAAGAACUGAGAGAUAUUGUUGAAUUUCUUAAAAAUCCCUCUAAAUUUUCAUCAUUAGGUGGCAAGUUACCAAAAGGUGUGUUACUUGUUGGACCACCGGGAACUGGUAAAACAUUAUUAGCUCGAGCUGUUGCUGGAGAAGCUGGAGUACCAUUUUUCCAUGCAGCUGGUUCAGAAUUUGAUGAAAUCCUUGUUGGACAAGGUGCUAGACGAAUUCGAGAUCUUUUCAAAGCUGCAAAAGAAAGAUCACCAUGUGUAGUUUUCAUUGAUGAAAUUGAUUCUGUUGGAGCAAAAAGAACAAAUUCUGUGUUACACCCUUAUGCAAAUCAAACAAUUAACCAGUUACUUACUGAAAUGGAUGGAUUUCAUCAAAAUCAGAGCAUAAUUGUACUUGGAGCUACUAAUAGGCGUGAAGAUUUAGACCGUGCUUUACUUCGUCCUGGUCGAUUUGAUAUUGAAGUUGAUGUUCCUCUUCCAGAUUAUACUGGACGCAAACAAAUAUUAGAUUUAUAUUUAAAAAAAAUACUUAGCCAAGACAUUGAUAUAGAUCUGUUGGCUAGAGGAACAAGCGGUUUUACUGGUGCUGAUAUUGAAAAUAUGGUUAAUCAAGCAGCUGUGAAAGCAGCAAGUGAUGGAGCUAAAACAGUUUCAAUGAAAUAUCUAGAAAUUUCUAGGGAUAAAAUAUUAAUGGGUCCUGAAAAGAAAUCGAAAAUUCCAGAUGAUGAAGCUAAUAUAAUAACUGCAUAUCAUGAAGGUGGUCAUGCAAUUGUUGCUUAUUUUACUAAAGAUUCUCACCCACUUCAUAAGGUUACAAUUAUGCCAAGAGGAUCAUCAUUAGGUCAUACAGCAUACAUACCAGCAAAAGAAGAAUACCAUGUAACCAAAUCUAGGAUGUUAGCUAUAAUGGAUACAAUGAUGGGUGGACGUGCUGCUGAAGAAAUAAUAUUUGGUGCAGAUAAAGUUACCACCGGAGCGUCAAAUGACUUGAAACAAGCCACUAAUAUUGCGACCAGAAUGGUAAAAGAACUUGGCAUGUCUGAAAAAGUCGGACUUCGAACGCAUGAGUCUCAAUCAAAUGAAUUAAUGAGUUUUAAUGAUUUAAGUCCAGCUACCAAUGAAUUGAUUGAUAACGAAAUAAAAAAAAUUAUGCAGGAAUCAUAUGAACGCGCUAAAAGCAUAUUGAAUACUCAUCAAAAAGAACAUAAACUUUUGGCUGAAGCAUUACUUAAAUAUGAAACAUUAGAUGCUGAAGACAUAAAAGCACUUUUGAGUAAAAAACUAUAAUUUUAAGUUAUAAUUAACAUGAUUAUUAAUUUCUAUACUUUAUGUUCUUCAUUAAACAA